AUGCCUGCCCCGUGGCUGGGCUGCUGCCUCUGCUUCUUGCUGCUCCUGCCUGCUGCCCGGACCACCUCCAGGAGGGAAGUCUGUGACUGCAAUGGGAAGUCCAGGCAAUGCAUCUUUGAGAAGGAACUUCACAGACAGACAGGAAACGGAUUCCGUUGCCUCAACUGCAAUGACAACACAGAUGGCGUUCACUGCGAGAAGUGCAAGGAAGGCUUCUACCGGCAGAGAGAACGAGACCGCUGCUUGCCUUGCAAUUGUAACUCCAAAGGUUCUCUAAGCGCCCGGUGUGACAACUCUGGGCAGUGCAGCUGUAAACCAGGUGUGACAGGAAGCAGAUGUGACCGAUGCCUGCCAGGCUUCCACAAACUCACUGAGGCAGGGUGCACCCAAGACCAGAGACUCUUAGACUCCAAGUGUGACUGUGACCCAGCUGGUACCGCUGGACCCUGUGACACCGGCCGUUGUGUCUGCAAAGCGGCUGUCACGGGAGAACGCUGUGAUAGGUGCCGACCGGGUUACUAUAAUCUGGAUGCAAGGAAUCCAGAGGGCUGCACUCAGUGUUUCUGCUACGGGCAUUCAGCCAGCUGCCACAGUUCCACGGAUUACAGCAUCUACAAGAUCACCUCCACCUUCCAUCAAGAUGUUGAUGGCUGGAAGGCUGUCCAAAGAAAUGGUUCUCCGGCAAAGCUGCAGUGGUCUCAGCGCCAUCAGGACGUGUUCAGCUCAGCACGGCGGGCAGACCCUGUCUAUUUUGUGGCUCCAGCCAAAUUUCUUGGGAAUCAACAGGUGAGCUAUGGACAAAGCCUGUCCUUUGACUACCGUGUGGACAGGGGAGUCAGACACCCAUCUGCCCACGAUAUAAUCUUGGAAGGAGCUGGUCUCCGCAUCACUGCUCCCCUGGUGCCAGUUGCCAAGACUUUGCCAUGUGGGAUCACCAAGACUUACACGUUCAGAUUAAAUGAACAUCCGAGCAGUAAUUGGAGCCCCCAGCUGAGUUACUUUGAAUAUCGACGGUUACUGAGGAACCUCACGGCCCUAUGGAUCCGAGCUACGUAUGGAGAAUACAGUACUGGCUACUUUGACAACGUGACUCUGGUUUCAGCUCGCCCAGUCUCUGGAGCCCCAGCACCCUGGGUUGAACAGUGUGUGUGUCCUGCUGGGUACAAGGGUCAGUUCUGCCAGGAUUGUGCUUCUGGCUACAAAAGAGAUUCAGCCAGGCUGGGGCCUUUUAGCACCUGCAUGCCAUGUAACUGCCCAGGAGGAGGAGCUUGCGAUCCAGACACAGGAGAUUGUUACUCAGGGGAUGAAAACCCUGACAUUGAGUGUGCCGACUGCCCCAUUGGUUUCUACAAUGACCCACAGGAUCCCCGGAGCUGUAAGCCAUGUCCUUGUCGCAAUGGGUUCAGUUGCUCCGUGAUGCCUGAGACAGAGGAGGUGGUGUGCAAUAACUGUCCCCCUGGGGUCACGGGUGCCCGCUGUGAACUCUGUGCUGAUGGUUACUUUGGGGACCCCUUUGGGGAACGUGGUCCGGUGAGACCCUGUCAGCCCUGCCAAUGCAAUAACAACGUGCAUCCCAGUGCAUCUGGGAACUGCGACCAGCUAACAGGCAGGUGUUUGAAGUGCAUCCACAACACUGCUGGCUUCCACUGUGACCAGUGCAAAGCUGGCUACUUUGGGGAUCCCUUGGCCCUUGACCCAGCAGAAAAGUGUCGAGCUUGCAACUGUCACCCAGCGGGCUCGGAGUCUGUGGCAUGUCGUAGUGAUGGGAGCUGUGUCUGCAAGCCAGGAUUUGGAGGCCUCAAUUGUGACCAUGGCGCAUUAAUCAAAUGUCCAGAUUGCUAUAACCAAGUCAAGAUUCAGAUGGACCAGUUUAAGCAGCAGCUCCAGGGCCUGGAGGCCCUGGUUUCAAAGGCUCAGAAUGGUGGAGCAAUUCCCAAUGCAGAGCUGGAAGGCAGGAUGCAGCAAGCUGAGAAGGCCCUCCAGGACAUCUUGAGAGAGGCUCAGAUUUCAGAAGGUGUAAUUAGAUCCUUAAAUCUCCAGUUGGCCAAAAUGAGGAACCAAGAGAACAGCUACCAGAACCGCCUGAAUGACCUCAAGAUGGCAGCGGAGAGGAUCCAGGCCCUGGGCGGUCAGCAUCAGAACCGCGUCCAGGAGACGCACAGGCUCAUCACUCAGUUGCGCCUGAGCCUGGAGGAAAGUGAGGCUUCCCUGCAGAACGCUAACAUUCCUCCCUCUGAGCAUUACAUGGGGCCAAACAGCUUUAAAAGCCUGGCUCAGGAAGCUGGGAAAUUGGCAGACAGUCAUGUUGAGUCAGCCAGUAAUAUGGUACAGCUGGCAAGGGAAACAGAGGACUUUUCCAAACAAGCACUGUCAUUGGUGCGCAAGGCUCUGAGCGAAGGAGGUGGAGGCAGUAGCCUGGACAACUCUCUGGUGCAAGGGAUGCUGGGAAAAUUAGAAAAAAACAAGUUCCUGGCCCAGCAAUUGAUGAGAGAAGCCACUGAAAUGGACAUGGAAGCAGACAGGUCUUAUCAGCAGAGUCUCCGCCUUCUGGAUUCCAUGUCCCAGCUUCAGGGAGUCAAUGGGCAGUCCUUCCAGGUGAGGGCCUCUGAAGCAAGGAGGAUCAGACAAAAAGCUGAUUCUCUCUCCAGCGACAUGACCCGGCAGAUGGAUGAGUUCAAGCGUGUGCAGAGAAACAUGGGAAACUGGGAAGAAGAAAUUCAGUUGCUGUUACAGAACGGGAAGAGUGGGAGACAGAAGUCAGAGCAGCUGCUCUCCCGUGCCAACCUUGCUAAAAGCAGAGCUGAAGAAGCACUGAGCAUGGGCAAUGCCACUUUCUAUGAAGUUGAAAACAUCUUGAAGAACCUCAGAGAGUUUGACAUGCAGGUUGGAGACAGAAAAGCAGAAGCUGAAGAGGCCAUGAAGAGACUCUCCUACAUCAGUCAGAAGGUUGUGGAUGCCAGUGACAAGACGGAGCAAGCAGAAGUGGCCCUGGGCGGAGCGGCUGCUGAUGCCCAGCGGGCAAAGAGCGAGGCUCGUGAGGCCCUGGGGAUCACUGACGAGAUAGAACAGGAGAUAGGCCGUCUGAACUUGGAAGCCAAUGUGACAGCAGAUGGAUCUUUGGCCCUGGAGAAAGGACUGGCCACGCUGAAGAGUGAGAUGAGGGAAGUGGAUGGAGAGCUGGCGAGAAAGGAGCUGGAGUUCAACGCAAACAUGAACGCUGUGCAGAUGGUGAUUACAGAAGCCCAAAGAGUUGACUCCAGAGCCAAGAAUGCUGGGUUUACAAUCCAAGACACACUCAACACAUUGGAUGGCAUCUUACAACUAAUAGGUAUAUGA